GCAGGAGGAGGCGCGGGAUAAAGGAGCGCUCGCUGCUCCCGCUCGCUCUCCAGCGGGGCUGAGGGAGGCAUCAUGGCCGCGAAGUCGGACGGGCGGCGGAAGAUGAAGAAGGGCGGCGAGGUGGCGUUCACGCCGCUGCAGAACUCCGAGCACUCGGGCUCCGUGCAGGCGCUGGCCCCGGGGCUGCCCGCGGCCGGCGCCGGGCCGGGCGGCGGCAGCGACGACGAUGAGGCGCCCGGGGGCGGGUGCUGCAGCGGCGGCGGCGGCGGGGACGGCUCGGGCGGCGGCUCCCGGUGCUGCUGCUGCUGCUGCAGCGGCGGCAGAGGAGGAGACGGCGGAGGGGGCGGUGGCGGGGGCUCCCGGGGCUCGGGCGGGGGCUCGUCCUCCUUGUGCCUGCGGCUGGGCAGGGAGCAGCGGCGCUACUCGCUGUGGGACUGCCUCUGGAUCCUGGCCGCCCUGGCCGUGUACUUCGCGGACGUGGGCACCGACAUCUGGCUGGCGGUCGACUACUACCUGCGGGGCCAGCGCUGGUGGUUCGGGCUCACCCUAUUCUUCGUGCUGCUGGGCUCCCUCUCCGUGCAGGUCUUCAGCUUCCGCUGGUUCGCGCACGACUUCAGCACCGAGGACAGCGCCGCGGCCGCCGCCGCCGCCGGGCACUGCCCCGCCGCCGAGAGCAAGCUGCUGGUGAGCAGCAGCUCCGCGGCCGCGGACAUCGACGCCGCUCGCCCCAGCACGCCGCAGAGACAGGCGUCCACCGCCAGCAAGGGCAACGCCACCAACAGCAGCAGCAACAGCAGCAGCAACGCCGCGGGCAGCGGCGCCGCCGGUCCCCGCGCGGGCGGUGGCCGGUCCGCGUCCUGCGCCUUCUGCAUCUGGCUCCUGCAGUCGCUCGUCCACAUCCUGCAGCUGGGGCAGGUCUGGAGGUAUUUUCACACGAUGUACUUGGGUAUCCGGAGUCGACAGAGUGGAGAGAAUGACAGAUGGCGGUUUUAUUGGAAAAUGGUGUAUGAAUAUGCAGAUGUGAGUAUGCUGCAUUUGCUAGCCACCUUUCUGGAAAGUGCACCACAGCUGGUCCUGCAACUCUGUAUUGUUGUACAGACCCGUACACUCCAGGCUCUCCAAGGUCUUACUGCUGCAGCAUCCCUUGUAUCCCUGGCUUGGGCUUUGGCCUCCUACCAAAAGGCCCUCCGUGACUCCCGCGAUGACAAGAAACCCAUCAGUUACAUGGCUGUUAUAAUCCAGUUUUGCUGGCACUUCUUCACCAUUGCAGCAAGGGUCAUUACUUUUGCUCUAUUUGCCUCGGUUUUCCAGCUGUACUUUGGGAUCUUCAUCGUGCUGCACUGGUGCAUCAUGACCUUCUGGAUCGUUCACUGCGAGACAGAGUUUUGCAUCACUAAAUGGGAGGAGAUAGUUUUCGACAUGGUUGUUGGGAUAAUCUAUAUCUUCAGCUGGUUCAAUGUCAAGGAAGGGAGGACACGCUGUAGGCUUUUCAUUUACUAUUUUGUCAUCCUUUUAGAAAACACCGCCUUGAGUGUUCUCUGGUAUCUGUACAAGGCCCCUCCAAUCUCCGAUGCAUUUGCCAUACCAGCACUGUGUGUAGUGUUCAGCAGCUUUUUAACAGGCAUUGUUUUUAUGCUGAUGUACUAUGCCUUCUUUCACCCCAACGGACCAAGGUUUGGGCAGUCACCAAGCUGUGCUUGUGAGGACCCUGCCGCUGCCUUCACCCUUCCCCCAGAAGUGGCCACAAGCACCCUGCGCUCCAUCUCCAACAACCGGAGCGUCACGAGCGAGCGGGAUCAGAAAUUUGCGGAGAGGGACGGGUGUGUGCCUGUGUUUCAGGUGAGACCCACUGCACCAUCCACACCUUCCUCCCGGCCACCAAGGAUUGAGGAGUCUGUCAUUAAAAUCGAUCUGUUCAGGAACAGGUACCCAGCAUGGGAGAGACACGUGUUGGACAGGAGCCUGAGGAAGGCUAUCUUAGCGUUUGAAUGUUCCCCUGCUCCUCCACGGCUACAGUAUAAGGAUGAUGCCCUUAUUCAGGAGCGCUUGGAAUAUGAAACCACAUUGUAGACAACGCAAAAACACAGCUUGGUGCAGCUCCAAUUUUACAGUCCAAAUUAAGGGUUGACAGUAGGGCUGUAGGAACAACUAAACUGCGUACUACAAGUAGAGCAGCAAGCUAUAGCGUUCUUAGUCUGGCUAUCAUCAUGAUUAUCAUUUGAUCCACUGUGUGCAGUCUGUCUGCAGAACACUGAUGCAGCAGCAUCAUCUGAAAGCCUCAAAAAACCCCAAACCCUGACCCACACAUACAAAUCAGUUACAUCAGCGGGGGGAACUCACCCACCAUCCCUCACUGCUAUGAAUCUCUGACUGCACAGUACCUACAAUCAAACCAAUAUAAAGGCUCUGACCAGAGCUUUCAGCUUCAGCCAGUAGUGCAUUUUAUUUUAGAAAUGAAUGAUUGAUAUUUCCAUAAUCAACGGCAAAAACAAAAAAACCCACACUUUUUCAAAAAUAAUGAAACUGUAGCACACAGUGUUGCUGUUAGGUAAACUGUUUUCUGGGGCAAAAAAAACAGGAGCUUAGUAGUCUUCAACACUCCCAUAAAUCAACCAUUCAGGUUAGAAUAGGUUUGCAAAAUAGUUCUUAAUUAAAAAGAAAUGUCAUCAUGUUUAUAAGGCUGUCAAUGGAAAAUAAACUAAAUUCUGAUUAACUAGGUCAUUAAAAUUAACAUUACCAGAACUGUUUGUUUUCUAUGGAAUUUCAAGGUCUUUUUUAAACAUAAUUUAACUUCUCGAUAUUAUUUUCAACAGAAACGCUAUGCGGCUCACUUCUGGUUUUGAGGAGAAAUAAGGAGCUCUAGCACGUAGUGAUAUUCAUUAAAUGAUAAUCAUGAUUCAGUGUUCAAUUUGCAAAAAAAAAAAAAAGUAAAAGAACAAGGAAGUAUAGUUUUCAUAUUCUAAACUUUUUGGAGGACCCCUUUCAGAUAUUUCAGAAGAAACCACAAGGAGCUGAACACACUGAAACUUCUCUGUUUCAGGACUGAGAAUGCAUGAUUCAGUGUGUGAAUGUAUGCAGGUGUGACAAGAGACUGACAUGCCAUACCCUUCUAGUGCCAAACAUUGUAUAACUGCAAGGUUGAUAUUGCCUGAGGGACACAACAAGUGGCACAAGCCCUACCAGAAAAAGAAGCAGGAAAGACCAACCAAGCUCUCAAUGUAUAGAGACAGCUCUGAUUUUCCCCCCUCAAGGUGAAAGUGAUGUCUUUUAAAGGCUUUCAGCCACCUCUUAGUAAGUAUAUUCACUGAAGUAUAAUAUAAACAAGUUAUGUGGAAGAGCCUCUUCUGCCUGUUCAAGACUGGUGUCCAGACGUGUCUAAAAAUUAGAAUCUCUUGUAAUAGAGUGCUUUUGAUGCAAGCUUUUGGGUUUUAAAUACCUCCCUAAAUCUAGUUAAAGGUAUUAUACUUUAUGUUAAAAGUAUCCCCUGAUGGUGCUUUCAGAUGCAUUAAAGGUGCAAGUCAAAAUUUGAUAGUAUUUUUUUUAAAGCUGGUGCAGAGUGAAAAACUCAUGGAUUAUUUCAAUAUUUUUGUAAAGUAAAAAUAUGGUAUAAAAGGUUACUUUUUAUAAACCUCAAAUCUUUUAAUACAUUUCAUUCUCUUUAUAGCUUAGAUUUUAAGAAUUGGUCCAUGAAUUUUAUCAAAUGGCUUUUACAGGUUGACAUAAACCUGGUUUUCACACAUUAUGGAUUUGUUUUGCAGUGUAAUGCCAUAUGAAAGCCUACAUGGGUACUUUUAGAAUACUCUAUAAACUGUGGAUCUUGCUUCAAAUGUAAGUGGCUUGUAAAGACACCAAGUGAUUCCAUGAGAAACAGUUUGCUAUAACUAUUUCCAUCCAUUUUAGGAGAGCAAAGCAGAACUGAAGAGUUACUGUUGUAAAUGGCACUGUCAGGAUGGAGAAGACCUGAUAAUUGGACUAUCAGAUAUAUCCAGUGUAGUCACUGCUGUGUAUGCUGCUGGGUAAAUUUCUGUCUUUCCUAUUACAAAUAUUUGUACUUUGAAAUGGCCAAGGUUACACAGACUAUGUUUAUUUGUAUGCGUUCAAUUAGCCAUUUUUAAUGUUGACUUUUUUUAUUAGUGAAAUAUUCAAUACCUGUUGUUCUUUGCUGGGCAAGUUCCUCUAAACAAAAACCUGUGGAAGUGCAGGAAUCUGCAAAGCAGAGGGAACUUUACAUAGAUGAGAAAAAACCUAUGCUUCAGGGGUUUCUUAGGUAUUUUCAAAUUAAGCAAUUGCCAACUGCCUCUAAAUUUUUUUUAAAUAAAACAAAUCUUUGAUAGUCCAAACCUGAAGCUUUUUACAAAGUGAUUACCCUUUUCUUCAUGGAGGUACAGCUGAUUAUUCAGAGAAAAACACUCAUGUUUUUUCAGAAAAUAUACCACUGCAAGAACUGCUAAAAAAAAAGAUUUUGGAAGCAAGUCCUUUGUCCUGUCAUAUUCAAUAGACCCUUCACUCCAGAAUCAAAUUCCAGUUCACACAAUGGAAUUGCUGGGUUUUUUUUACAACGAAGGCCAAUGUAAGCUCUAUGAUCCAAGAUGUGAGGGUUUCAUUUGGAGACUGUUUGAAGUGUUUGCUGCUGCUUUAACAACUCAGAAAUUGCAGCCUGAGUGAGGCACAGUGAGCAGCCUUCUCAAGCUUCAGUCUCCCACCAGCAGCUCCUGGGGAGAGGGGCAGCAUUGCUGCUGUCAGCGAGGCUCUGCCUCUUCUGAGGUCCCUCUCAUCCUCUGGCUCUUCCUCAGAGCUGUGAGCCCUUUGGCCAGGCUUACAGAAUUGAAGAAAAGUUGCUUUGUAUGGAAUUUAAAGGGUUAAGAUCUUCACCAGUGCUUGCAUUGCAAAGUUUCUGAAGAAGGCUUGGGAUGACUUUGUUUGAUCUGCUUUUAUUUGGUUUUGGAAGGAAGGACACAGAGAUGUUAUUUAUCCAUGUGGUUUUUCAUGCCUAGCACUUAUUUUCUUUACGCUCACAGCAUUUUUAAUUUUUUUAAACUGUUUGCAAAAAUGUUUAUCUUAAGGAAACUAUUGCAGGGUGUGAGUGCAGAGUGACAUAUAUGUGUGUGUUUGUGUACAUAUAUUUAUAUAUAUGCAGCACUACAUAUACAUACCUUGUCCUCAGAAUUCAAUCUGGCAGUUUGAGGCAGGGGAAGAAGUCCUUAUGCACUAAGCCAAAAUUUGCUCUCCAAAAUCUUGCUCUCUUACAAUCACAACAUCAGUGUCACCUGCGCUGAGAAGAGGGCAGUGACUGAAAUCUAAACACUCUGAUGGCUGCAUGAACAGUUUCCUAAUUUGCAUUGCUGUGAGUGGUCACAUUAAAAGCUGUAAGAAUUUUUUAUAGAAAUGGCCAAGAAUAAACAUAGUCCAUGCUGAAAUUCCAUUAUGGCCUUAUAGACAGUUAAUAAUCAAUAUGCACUCUUCUUUUUGCCACAGACAGUUCUCAAAUCAAUAAAGUUCAACUGAAACAGCAAUAGCAAAAAUAAAAUUUAAAAAAAAGGACUUGUAAAAAACCUGAACUUUUGGUUUUCAAAUAAUGAAGACAUCAGGCCUUUUAAAUUUCACAGCAGAAUACAGGAAAGUAAAAAACCUCAUAUUUUCAUAUUUACAUUCUGGCAAAGAAAAGCAAUCACAUCUAUUUGUUAGCAGUAAGAUUUAUGGGAGUUUGUUCUAAUGAACCAAACAAACUUAGCAGCAGACUUAAUGGUAAUUUAUCUGGUCAAAAACUUGGUCCUAAAAUUUUGAGAAUUGUGGAUUUGUCUGUUGCAGAAAAGACAAUUCAACUACUAUCAAUAAUUAAAUAAAGGUAAUGUAUACCCAUGUUCAUUCAGAAAACAUGUAAGAAAAUGUAAGAGAAAACUUUUUACUUAUUUUAAAAGUUGCUUAUUCUGUAAUGGGAUAAUUUUUCUUAAAAAAGUUCUUUACAAAUAUGUGCAAUACUUUCUUUCCAUGCAUAUUUAAUAAUGAAAAUACUAAUUUCCAAUUAUGUUUAUGUCAAUUUAAAUAUGCUUCUUGUGACAGAACAAUGUUUCUUUGUUUGGGUUAUAUGGACUUGAUGGCAUAUAUACAAUAUGUUCAUUGUCAAACCAACAAAAUUUCUAUUAAUUAAUUUUUUAUAAAAUUAGAGAAAAUUUUCCUCCCAAAAUUUAAUGCUAGGUCUCAUCUGCCUGAUUUUGUAAACUUUUAAGCAGAGGAGGAAAAUUAUAAUUUUAUUGGCGAUUUAAUUUUUAAUAUGUGGUGAACAGCUAUUAAACCUGUAUUAGUUUAAAACAUAUGAUGGUCUUUCCAAUACAUCAUUAUCUCCUCAAAAGAGAAAUUCAUAAGCGGUACUAAAAGUAGAAGUGCUGCUUUAUUUGAAAAGGGACUCCCAAUCAUGCAAUAUGUUCAUUUACUUUUUAUUGGCCGGCAAAAUAUUCACAACUAGACUGUUGGGUUUUUUAGAACACAAAUUAAACGAGUUUGAAGUGUUUGUGAUUUUAUCAUAUCAUUCCUAAGGAGCCUUAAAAGUGGCACUGUACUGAGUUUUAGUUGGCUUUGCCAGUGAUUCAGCUUCCAAAGCCCCUGCCCUUUCUCUGCUCCCUGCCUGAACAGUGCAAUCCGGAGUGACUGAGAUGCUGUGAUUUAGUCUGCACCCCCUGCACUGCCUGCACAAUGCCAAGGAAAAGACUUCAGCAGAUUCCUGGGGUCCUACUGCUGCCUCUCUCACUCCUGUGCAUGGUGGGAAGCAGAGUAAAUUGCACCUGUGCAUCCAUCUAGAGAAGCCUGUGUAAGUUAAACCCCUACAAGAUGUGUGUGAUGAAAUUAAUGGCAACACUUGUCCAUAAAUCUACAAGCCCAAGACCACAAUUGCUAAUUCUGCAGUGUAACAAUGCAGGACAUGGGAAGAAUUGUCUAAAUACACAAUAAGCCAUUUAAUUUCACUACUUGUAGCAAUUAUACUAGCUCACAUAGAGCCCAUGCUCUCAGCAGAAAGCCAAAUGGAGUAAGUGGCAAACAGCCAUUUGUGUACCAGAGACAUUAAGCUAUAAAAUCCUCACUUAAUUGUUUAUAGGACUAUGUCUUUUCAUUACAGCAGUGAAUCCAUUCCUCUUUAUUCUGAUAAAAGAGCUAAAAUGCAAAAUGAGAACAGAUUCUUUUAAAUUUGGGAAUAAAAAAAUGACAUAACAGAUUACUGCCCUGUAGUGAUUUUUUAAAAAAGAUUCUGCCAUCAUUUUCGCUUGGCUGCAAAUUGCUGAGUGAUCUGCUUCUGAGAUGAUUUCUCACAUCUGGUAUGAGCAGACUUCAUUCCAGGAGAGACAGAGAUAACAUUACAUGGCCUUGUUCAUGCAAAGUUAGAGGAAUGGUGUCACUAAUUAAGACAUCAUUUACAAAGCUGUUUUAACACAUGAGGAGUCCCCUGGCACCCUUUAUUUUACCUCAGUUCAGGACUUUGGUGAGAUUUCUUCACUGGUAUGAAUAUGUUAAAAUCAGGCCCUGGCCUAGAGUGAACUACAUGAAUUCAGACCAUGGUAGUGGAAGUCUUUAUCUCUUCAUUCCAAACUGAACUCAGCUGGAAGUUUGCUAAAUGCCAAAAAGCCUGCAUGGCACCUGGCUCAGCCUGAAAUACCUACACUAAACUUAGUGCUGACUCAGCACGAAUCAAAGAUUUCCUAUUAUUUCAUUUUUAGUUCAAACAUUCAAGAUUAUACCCGCUUUGACUGAGUUGCUCUUUUGUGAUCCUUUUAAGAAAACUUUGAAAAAUGUCCCUGAAACCAGUCAUUUCCAGUGAUUCUUACAAAAGCCAGUUCCUGACCAGUACAUUCAUUAAAAGGAACUUUUUCUAACCGUGUAAGCUUGGCUCCUGUACUUACAUUUUGCUCUAAAUACUUAGCAUUUCAUUCUUAUGCAGAGGACCUCAUACACCCAUUAGUAAACCGUGUGCCUACUCUGAAUCCUGGGACAAAGACAACAGAUAUGCAAGAUUCAGGGCAAAAAGUCCCCUUCAGCACACUUAUGGGGUGAUUUGCACGAGCCAGAGAAGCCAAACAGAAGCUUGUGUAUAAUUACAACAGACUUAUACAUAUAGUUGCUAUAUUCAUUGAGAGAGAUUUACAAUAAAUUGUGAUAUAAGUGACCAACUAAUAGAAAGAUCAAAUCUCAACUUCUACAUGCAAGGCAGAGUAAACUAAAAUCAGCCAAGAAACUUUAAAGCGUAACCAAAAAUCUCAUUUCAAGGAGUGGUUGGAAUAAAUUUUAAAAUGUAAGAUUUGUCAAUGUAACAAAAUGCAACAUUCAUAGACAGAAAGAUAUGCCUGGUGUAAGUUUUGUCUGUCUGUAAGUUUCAGCCUCUUAUUUCAGAUAACUUUGGAAACAAUUGCUUCUGGCAUGCUGCAGCUCUAGGAAUGCUAGCAGCUUUUCUGCACAAGAUCCAUUCUGCUAUAGGAGAGUCCACAUCCUUUUAACAAAGCAUUGAGUUUGAGGUAGUUUUUUGCACCGAACUAAACAUCACAAAAGCAUUUUUAGCAUGAAAUAGGUGUGUCCACUCAGCCACCUAGUGUGUAACAGUACUGCAAAACAGAAUUUCACAGAUAAGUGAUUUCCUCAAGGUAAAAAACUGCUAGUUGAAUGUCUAGAAGAGCCUGCAGAGACAUAACACAGCACUAAGGCAAGGCAUGGACUGUGUUGGUGUGCUUACAAGUCUGCUCAGGGCAAGGCCUGGUUAUAGUCCAGUACUCUCUUCCCCACCUUGUGCACCAAAGAGCUCACAAAAGAGAGGAAAACCACGUGCAUGGGCUGGAUGGAAGCCACAACACGUGGGGACCAGACACCUGGCCCGUGGCAGCACAGGUGCAGAGGUCAGCGCAGGCACAUCGGGGUCUCAGGCUCAUACUGCUCCUCCAAACUGCACUAACAGGGAGCUCCUGAACAUUUUUAGUGCCAGAUGUUCAAGGACCUAAAAAUUACCUCCUGGACUUGGUCAGAUACAACUUGGUCUUCACAGCACAAGGUUAGCUCAGCUGCUGUCUCCCACCUAAGCCUGCCAGGAUCCUCUGAGCAGGUAUUCUCCUGCCCAU